CUCCUUUCCUUACAUAUAUUUCUUCCUUCUUCCUCUAUCUAUAACACAAGCCCAACCCAAAAAGCCCAGUCCAAAAGGCCCAUCCCACCAUGGUUUCCGGCGACGUCCAAAACCCCCUCCAUGCCGUAAAGACAUCGUCAGUCGUCCCGGCGGCAGUCACCGGCGAGACCGCCGUCCAUGAAUUAACUAACAUGGACUUGGCCAUGAAGCUCCAUUAUCUACGGACCGUCUAUUACUACAAUAAGGAAGCUUUCGACGGUCUCGAUAUCUUGUCGAUCAAGAGGCCUAUGUUCAGGUGGCUCGAUUUCUACAGCACAGUAGCCGGUCGGAUCCGGCGAUCAGAUGCUGGUAGACCGUUCAUCAAGUGUAAUGAUAGUGGGGUCCGCAUCAUUGAAGGCCGGUGUAAUGAGACACUUGAUGAAUGGCUAGAUAAGAAGGAGUGGGACCUACACAAACACCUUGUGCCCAGCCAAGUUAUUGGACCUGAGAUGCUAUUUUCUCCUUUGGCAGUCUUACAGUUCACAUGGUUCAGAUGUGGAGGAGUAGCAAUUGGCUUCAGCUGGUCUCAUGCUCUUGGAGAUGUAUUCUCAGCUCUAAGAUUCAUUGACACGUGGGCCCACAUCAUGGCUGGGACCCCACCAACCCAAUCCAUCAACCCCCCAAGAUCAACGGUCGAAAAGCCCAUAAAACCACCCAAUCCUCCCACAAAACAGCUUCCCGCCAAACCGGUUGAACCUGUUGGAGACCAUUGGCUAACUGCCAAUAACUGUAAAAUGGACACAUUCCUUUUCCAUAUCACAGACACCCAACUGAAGCAUAUACAGUCUAAGAUCUCUGGCCAAAUCCCACCGUUCGAAGCUCUUUCCGCUCUGAUCUGGCGAUCUUUGGCUAAAAUGAGAGAAGGAAAAGAACCCAAGAUCGUGACUAUCUGUCGAACCGAUCCUCGUGGGAAAGAGAAUGUAUGGCUGAGUAAUGAUCAGAUCAUAAGCACAGUUGAAGCAGAUUUAGAUGUGAAAGAUGCUGAGCUAUCGGAACUGGCGGCGCUGAUUGCUAAAGGGGGAGUGGAUGUGAGUAAGGAGAUUGAAGUGAUGGUGGACAGCAAUAGCGGGUCGCCGGAUCUUAUCGUAUACGGCGUGAAUCUGACGUUCGUGGACUUGGAGCAGGUGAAUUUCUUCGAGAUGGAGUUUAAAGGACAGAAACCAAUUUUGGUGCAGUUUAAGAUUGAUGGGGUCGGCGAUGAAGGGGCCGUGUUGGUGGUUCGGGAUCAUGCGAGUGGCGGAGAUGAUAAAUGUGGAAGCGGCGGAUGGAUGGUGACGGUAAUUCUGCCGGAUAAUGAAGUAAUGCAGCUGAAAAGCGAGCUCGAAAGAGAAUGGUGUAUCACUUGAACAUGGACUUGGGAGCAGAGAAUGAGUGUCUAAGGCUGUGUUUGGAUGCAAUAUUAAAUUGGAUUGCGAUAAUUGGUUCCAUAGGGUGGAAAUGGUUGAAUUCAUUUGAGUCCAACUUGAAAGAAACAUAAUUGUGAAUCGCACGAUGUGUUGUGCCUUCGAUGUGAAUUUGGGAAACGGAAUUUGGUUCUCCAAUUUAUCGAACUAAUAAUCACAAUUCAAUAUAAUGGUGCAUCCAAACACGGCUGAAAAAUAUCUAGAUGGUUGUGAUUGUUUUAGAUAAUGUGUUUAGAGCAUGUAGCUAUGAUUGUGUGUAAACAUUAUUUGGUUAUUUGUGUUCAUGGUAGAGAAGCUUACUCAAUAAGUCUCUUUAUUAACUAUUGUCUCAA